AUUGUUAGUUGGUAUCAUAGAUAUUUUGUCUUAUUGAAAACAUUUCUCUAUAGUGAAGGCAAGGAACUUUUGGAUACACUAGAUACAUGAGAUACUCCAUAGUAAUUGUUAUGAUGAUUCUGAACUGUCUUGAAAUGCAUAGGCCACCUCAUUGCAAACACCCGAUUAGCCACACCAAGGUACUGCAUUGGAUUCUGCGCUUCUCUCUUUUCAAGUGCUGCCACAUAGACCGGAUUGGCUGUUGCCUAGAUACUAGACCUACAUUUUUAGUAAACACAUCGAGGGUAGCAGGGAGGAAGAUGAGCUUUAUGGUAUAAAGGAGAAAUGCCGAAACCACAAAAGGAAACGAUCAGCAUACCUCCACCUGGGCGAUGGAACUGGAAUGAUGAAACCCAAGCCCUCGAGUUCACCAGUUUUAGUACAUCUGUGGAGGUCAAAGAAAAGAGAAAAAAGACUAAACCUGUCAAUUUUCAAGAUCUUGCCAGCAAGCGUCCAGAGAGGCAAACGCAGUCAUCGGCCAAGAGGGGGGGACAAAGCAGCAGGAAGACUGUGGGUCCUGCUCAACUCAAUGCCUACAAGUCCUCAGUAAAACGGGGUCAGAGGGACUAUGUGACCAUCGAGGAUGUGAAACAGGUGGCACUCAGUUUGCUGCAGGAGAAUGAUGCACUCCCCAUUCCACUUUGCUUCCUGUCUGUGUUGAAGAGCAGAGAGCUGGAUGAGUUCCUGGCUGCCCUCCUGCUCUACCUGUCCUGUUACUUUGAGAGGAAGUCUCUGGAGAAGAAGCCCAAGCCUCUCAUGGCUGAGCAGAGUAUCACAGAGAAGCAGGUGAUGGCGGAGACCCUUGCUAAGGUGGAGCUGGCCCAGAAGCAGCUGGCCUUCUGCUACUCCAGUCUGGUCUUGGGCCUGGGCCUAUCCCAGCAGCACCACAUGGCCUGUGGCAGGAGCCGUGUGUCAUUGACCUACAAAGACAGGCAGUUGUAUGAGUGUCUGUACAGCUUCUUCUGCUACGUGGCGUGGGUGACGUUCAGUAGGAAGGACCUGAGGGGCAUCCAGGAGGAGGUGGGGCGCCUGCUGCGCUCUGACACCUUCAACCCCGCCCUCAGGACCAGGAUAGAUGCCACAGAGGACAGCCUGGCCCAGGACUCCUCCACCAAAGAGGGACAGACUGAGCCCAAAGUGCACACACAGAGCCACAAUGCCCCAGAACAAAGGAAGUCCCAGCGUCGUCCGGCCUUGAGUAAGAUGGUGACCCAGCGCUCCCCGGUCAUGGUGUCCCUGCUGCCAUAUCCGCGGGAGGAGGCUCCUCAUCUGUUCUGCCGCUACAGACCCAGGAAGCAGAGCCAGGCCAAGCUGUGUAACCCAGAGACCCUGAUGGAGGAGCUCAAAGAGCAGCUGGCCUCUGUCAGCUUUGGGAUUCUGGGGAAGCCUCUGAGCCAGUUCAGCUGCACCACCCUUAUGCCCCAGGGAGCCAACAACGAAGACGAGGAGGAGGAGGAAGAUGACGAGGAGGAUGACGAUGAUGAAGACUCCGGCGUCCAUGUUCAAAGCAGUAAGAACACCUUCGUGGCUCAGAGACCUGUCGCAUCAGCAGUGGACCAACGCGGCAGCCUCAGCCGCGCCAAUACAGUCAUCUCACGGGCCACCACAGAGGGAGUGUCCUCAGACACAGAGUGAGUGUAUGUGCGCGUCCCCCAAAAUUUGACCAAUAAAAAAAAGAACAAAAACAUAUAAAAUGAUGUAUUUUUAGUCACUGUGUUUCAUAAUUGGCCUUCAAUUCGCAUGUGGCUGAAUGUAUCUCACCAGAGAAAGCAUCCGAUCGAGCGAAACGGCGCCCCUCUGUCUCAGUAUAUGUAGCCCAUCUAUCUGAUGCUGUCUGGCCAAAAAGAGUAUGCCAUUGUUGCUGCCCGUAGCAUUGAAUUUAAUAGCAAGGGAAGCUAGCAAGCAUUUUGCCUCCCUUGAUAAUGUUUAAAUAAAAUAAAAAAAACUAUCAUCAUUUAGCUAAACUGUGUGAGCUCAAUUGUGAAUGGUCCUGGUGCACCAAAAAAAGUGUCAAUGGAAGCUAGUUUGGAUGUGACUUCACACCAAUCACAUUGCAUUAAAAGCAUUGAAGAAAAAAGGUGCAUUUUUGCAUCUCGUUGUGUUGUCCUCCGGUGGCUAGCUAAAAUCGACCCUUUUAUAAAUGAGCUUGGAUGGAGAAAAGGAAAAAUUGGAUGGAGAUAAGGAUUUGGACUUGUGGACUUACUGUACCGGCCAGUGAUUAUAACGGUGAUUCAGAUCCAACCAUAAAUUCAUACAUUGUGCCCCUGGCCUGAGAGGGUGGAAGUUCAAUAUGUAGCUAGAUGUAGUAGGCUAACGUUAACUAGCUGGCUCAUCAUUGGGCUAGCUGGCAAGCCUUUUAGCCAUGUAGCCUAAUCGAGGACAACAAAAACUAAAAGUGUGUAGGCUACAGUAUGACAGAGAGGAGGAUUGCAUUGGCGUUCCUCUACAAGUAAGGUAAAUCAUUGUGUUUUUCUACUUUCGCACACACACACACACACCACACACAAUCAGGACCAUGGACAGCCACAUGUUAUUUACCUUAUGUUGAUUGGACUAAAUUGUUUUUGGUCCUGAUCUUUAAGUUGUUACUCUGUUAGACUAAGCAUUGGUGAUUUGAUGAUUUGGAAGUUGAAAUGAUGGUGGAUUUAUUUUAGCAGAGGCCUCUGCUGUUUUUUUUGCCACUUGUGAUAACUCUGUGGUUCUCAAUCAAUAAUGGUUUAGUAGUCAGACAUUUUGCAAGCAAAACAUCAAGUUUUAAAUUUCAUUUCCUGCAGUUUUACAAAUUUGACCGUGGGGUGUUUUUAAAAAACAUUUUUAAAGCAAGUUUGCUGCAAUUAUACACAUUUUGCCAUGGACCAAAGAGAAGAUUUACCAAUUUCAGGCAAUUCUUCACAUUUUCCCAUGGGGCGUAGAGAAGAUUUUGCAGUUUUACAUCACAUUUUCUGCAAUUCUGGAGAGUAAUGUUUGCAGUUAAUAUUUAAUAUUUUUUUGUGAGAGUGACUAAUUAAAUCAAUGGGGGCCCCCCAGUUGGUAAUUCGACCAUGAUUACUACAAGUUUAGAAAGCUGGACAUUAGACUAACAAAAAAUGUUGGCUGACAUGGACUUAUUGAGUGACUGUCAGUGACUGACAUAACAAGAGAAAAACUGCUGAGGCACAACUACAUUUGCAAAAUGGCACCCUGUAUAUUCUACUAUUC